CUUGAAUAUCAUUCGUUUUACCAAGCAUGAAUGUUUCAGAAAUUUGUGGCGAUAGCUAAAUCUUAAAUGCUCUGUCACCUGAUGGAUCAAGAAAGGUACUUAUAUAUCUUUUGAACUAUGAAUUCCUUGAAACAUAAUCAAGCUGUUGAUGAAUUAAAUUCUUCUGAUCCAGCUGUUCGUGUAAAGGCCCUUCGCUUUAUAAAGAAUAACAUCAUUGGAAAUAAAACGAAGAAAGAUCUGUAUAUUCAACUCAACGUAAUUCCUAAGCUUGUAAAGUUCUUGAAGUCAAAGGACACUGUGGAUUCUCAAGUACAAAUUCAAGCUGCGAUUGUGUUGGGCAGUUUCGCAUAUGGAGGCGAGGAAAAUGUAACCGAAAUAGCAAAACAUGAUGCAAUCAAGCCUUUACUAGAAUGCAUCUCUUUACAAAAUGAUCCCCGUCUUAUAGAGGCUGCCGCUAGGGCAUUGAAAGCAAUUUAUAAAUGUCCCACCGCUGAUAAGAACGAUAUCUUCGCUGACCAUCAUUUACGUGACCUUAUUACACUUCUUAAUCCCGAUAGUCUCCAUCCUAAAACCGAUCGCGAAAGGAUUGCUUCAGUACAUACAGCUGAAUUGGCUGCUACUAUUAUUGCUCGUUGUUGUGAUACUAAUGAACAACAAAUUCAAAUAGCUAGUGCUGGUGCUUUCCCAGCUUUGGUUAAGUUGCUUACUUGUGGAUUUUCUAAAGCACAAGAAGCUGCACUAGAUGCUUUGGCAUAUCUCUGCCGGGAAAACCCUGAAUUUGGAAAAGCAAUCGUUGAAACUAAAUCUGAAACAAGUGAUAGCCCAGUUAAGAUCAUGUUAAAUUUGAUCCAGGACAAAUCAUCAACAAUGCGUUUAAUUGCUGCCAAAUGUUUAACCCACCUGAGUCGUGCAAAUGCUAUUGGCGAGUAUUCUAACGACAUCACUUUAAUUGUAUUACCUACAUUAGUAAAAUUGCUUGAUGAAAAAGGUCCUGUUCGUGAAGAAGCCCCUCACGUCUUAGCUUAUUUGAUUCGCGAUAAUGAAGAGUUACAAAAGGCUGCGUGUGACUCGGAUGCGGUUCCAAAAUUAGCAGAUUUUGUAACUCAUGUCGUGGACCAAGAAAGUUCAUAUUAUGACCCCGUAGGUGAUGGUGAUAAAUUAAAAGAGAAUGCGUUAAUGGCUCUCGCUGCUAUUAGUUCACUGACGGAUGAUGGACGAAAGUUAGUUGUGGAAGCCAAGAUUAUUCCACAUAUCGUUGCUGCCAUGUCACAUCGUUCUUAUGGAAUUCGUGCUGCAGCAUGUCAAUGUACUCGGAGCUUAUCAAGGUCGAUUAACAUAUUACGGACCAGCCUUGUAGAUGCAGGAGUUGCAACACCUUUAUUUAAACUUUUAUCUGACGAAUCAACGGACGUACAAGCGACAGCUUGCGCAACACUUUGUAAUUUAGUCUUAGAUUUCUCUCCUAUGAAAAAAACGAUUAUGGAACUAGGUGGAAUAGAAAAGUUAGUAGAGUUAGUGCGUUCACCAGAUAAUACACUGAGACUUAAUGCAAUAUGGGCAUUGAAGAAUUUAGUUUAUCAAGCAGAAUCAGAUGUUAAAGAAGCGGUAAUGAAAGUUUUAACAUACCAAACUAUGGAGAAUUUAAUUUCCGAUCAAGAAAUUGUCGAAGUACAAGAGCAAGCAUUAAAUUUAUUAAGAAAUCUUGCAUGCACAAAACCGAUUGACAUUGAAGAGGUCUUCAAAGGUUUAAGCGAAAAUAAAUUAAUGAAUAUUAUAGAAAAUAAACUAUGUUGGUGGAAUGAAAAUGAGGAAAUUAUUAAACAGGUACUGUAUGUGAUAAAUAAUAUUGCAUCGGGUUAUGAACGACAUAAAACAGCUAUUAUGAAUCGACCCACAAUAUUAACACGUAUAUUAAACUACAUGGGCCACGAUAAUCCGGAAAUUCGUGUGAUUGCAGUGUGGGUUCUCAUAAAUUUAUUGUGGACAGAAGAUAAAUCUGCUAGUUCACAAGUUCGAGUUCAAAAAUUACGUGAUCUAGGAUUUGAAGAUAAAGUAAAAAAUAUGACAAAUGAUGAAAAUUUAGAUGUUCGCGAACGAGUGAAAACUGUACUAAAUCAAUUUUCACAAGUGUAAUUAAAAUAAUAAGUAUUCAAUAGCUUACGCAUUGAAUAUACAUUUGAAACUUUAUAAUAUUACUUUUAAUUUAUUUAUUAAAGCUAAAUAUAACAGGUAAUUAAGUAUAAGCUUAUUAUGUUAUAAGGAAAACUUAAGAAUAACACAGUAGCUUGUAUGUAUAUUCAUUCCAUUUCAAUUUACUUCUU